UUCUGAGCCGCGGGGCUCGGAAGCCUGAUUAAUUACGGCACUAGGACCCAGCGGGCAAGGCGGGCAAGAGCGGAAGUUCGAAGAAGAGGCUGCGAACUGGCUCCUAACCAUGGAGGCCGAAGAAGAACCUCCGGCCGGACGUCGCUUACUCAGCCCAGCAGAACUGCUGGCAGCUCGAACACGUGAUCACAAGAUCCCUCAGCGCUCACUUGGUCAGAAAGAUUUCAUUCCUGAUGGAGCAGAAGAACAAGAAUCGAAGUUGCGUCAAUGUCGGAAAGAACACUGGCAACUUUUGGAGGAGGAGCGUGUUGUGCGGUUGGGAAGUUUGGUGAAGGCUGAGUGGAAGCCCCAGGAAGGUAUUGUGGAACUGAAAUCCCCUGCAGGGAAAUUCUGGCACACCAUGGGUUUUACACAGCAUGGAAAGCAGUGCCUGCUUCCAGAAGAAGCCUUGUAUCUCCUGGAAUGUGGAUCCCUUCAGUUAUUCUAUAAAGACCUACCUUUGUCAGUCCAGGAAGCAUAUGAGGAUCUGCUGUCUCCAAAGUCGGUCAGCCUACUAAAAUACCAGGUAUAUAGCCACUUGAAGCGACUGGGUUACAUCGUUUUGAGAUUCCAUUCCAGCACUGUUCCAACACCUUAUGAGAGGCAGCUGAAUCUGGAUAGCCACUACCAAAGCAGGGAGAGAAGCAGCCACAAGAGGAGAUGCUCCAGCCCCGGAUCACAAGAGAAGACACCCAAGCUAUCUGAGAAAUCCCAAGAACGGUCACCUAAAAAGGCUAAGAUCCGUCAUGCUAAUUCCAGUUCUUCUGCAUCAGAUGGUUCACCCAAAGCAACAAUAAAGACACCGGAUCCCAAAAUUGCAAAUGUUGAAUUGGUCCCAUCUUCAAGUGUCACAAGAGACUGCGGCGAAUUGCCCACCUGUGCUCAAGACUACAAAGAGACAUGUAGGAAGACCUUUGGGGAAAGCCAUAAGGAUAUGCGUACAUCCAGGUGGAAUUUCACCUCCAUUGAUUUUCCUAACAUGGGUGCUGAUUGCUCUGAAGUCUUCCUGCCAGAGCCUGAUAAGAGGCUCCUCCCAGAGAACGUAACAGCACAGGCAAUUGACGCAAGCCAUUGGCGCAGGCGGCUCAACCAGAAACACGAGCGGUUGACCCGCAAGGAACAGGAACAGCUGAAGUGGGAGAGCAGAUACAAAAUCAGUGUCAAUGAGGAUGCCGAAGUCCGGCGUUGCACCACCUGGCAAGAGUACAAGGCACUUCUGAGAGAGAGGAGUGAUCGGGAAGAUCUCUGCAUACAGACAAUCGCCCCACUUGUGAAACCAAGCCAAGGACUUUCCACAGCUGACAUUCUUCAACAGAUCAGUGUUUUCCAACCCUCACGCUUAUUGGAGGAAGCAUUUCAAUUACAGAAUGAUUCAUCAGAGCUAAAAAUAGAUUUUGAUGUGUAUCCUGCUGAUGGUGCUUCAACUUUUAAAAAGAAUGAUCCUGGGAAGCCUUAUGUCCGGAUGUGCGUUCAAAGUUUUGAUGAGCAGGUCCCAUCCCUGAAGAUUGUCAAGCAACUGUCUUAUCAAAGUGGAGAUGUUCCGGUGGUGUUUGCUCUAGUUGACAAUGGAAACCUCGCUUUCUUCUCUUUUAAGGAGUUCAAAUUGCCAAUUGAUAUUUAUCCUUGAUAUUGAGGGUAUCAUUUGGAAAAGCUGUUUUAUGAAUGGGUGGGUUGAAAUAAAAGAUUACUCAGGGUUUGACAUUGUUCAGUAGGAUAUCGCCCAGAGUUCUGAUUAACAGUACUGUCCUGCCAGUAGGACACGUAUAUAGCAAGAGCCUAAAAAGAAAGAACCAUUCCAACAAAAUCUCUUCUGCUUAGAAACACAGUUAUUUUAUUCUUUUAAUCCACAAAUUCUCUGUUUUUAGUUUGCUAUUACCUAAACUAGCAUUUCUGCCAAUCUGGAACAGUUCACGAAUUUGAGCCUAGGCAGAAUCCCAAAAUAUAUUUCGGCAUCAGCUGAAUGUAAAAGUUGGAAGCUACUUUCAUGAAUCAUCAAAUAGCAAAGACAAAAAUAUUUUUUUUUUCUUAGUAAUCUUCAGUUCGAGACCCAAACAUGGAACAUAUUAGAAUAGCUGGAUAUAUAGAACGUUUUUUAUUUUUUCUACAAGAAAUGUUGGAGGCCAGAAUCAGUGGAAUUAUAUCAACACUUAAUUUCUAUUUGCAGAUUAUCUAAUUUGUUUAGGAUUUGGUUAGUGGAAGGCCACGAUUUUUGCUUUCUAGCAUCUCUUCUAGAUGCAAUUUUUAAAAGAGUUUAUAUCAGCAAGUUUAUUUUACAUUCUUGGUUGCUAUUUUUCCCCCCUGCAGAUCCUGAUAUUUUCUCCUUACUAUGAAAUUCCAAGGCAGUUGAACCUUGCACUGUUACUAGGAAAAAAGGCACUGAAUAUUUCCUUGUUUAAGAGUAGCUGUCAUGAGAAUUUUUACAUAGAAAUUGGAGAAAAAAUAUUUUGCAUUUUCAAUUAUUUCAGUUUGGAAACAAAAGCAAUAAAAUUAUUUGUGUUAACAGAAUUUUAAAAGAUUUCAUGUAACAUCUUUGCUUGGCAAAAUGAUGUAUGCAAUAUAUGCAUAGAAAUAUAAUGUAUAUAUUUGUAAAUAUUUAUAGUGGUUAUAAUCUCUCCCAGUCCCAGAGGAGCAACAAAUAUGAAGAUUUUAAAAAAAUGCCCAUCACCAAAGAGCAAAACUAUUCAGAUCAGCACCCGUAAGAGUCAACUGGAACCAAAGGCUCAUUGAAACACGUCUUUGAGCUGCUUCUGAAAAAUGGGAGUUGCACAUACUUAUAGGCACAAGGGUAUUUUUCAAAGGGUGGGGGUUAUCAGAGAAGAAUCAUAUCUUGUGUAUCUUGUUUUAGCAGACCCUCUGGACCAAAUGCCUGAACUGGCUCUGGCAAGAUGUUGUGUGAUGCAUUUAAGUUCUGCAGUGUAGGCCUUUAAAUAAAACAACCAGCAUUUUGAAUUUCAA